UGCUCUCUGCUCGAUCUUGCAACUCUGCAUGCAACUGCAUCCUAACCUAACCUAACCUAACCUAACCUAACCUAACCUCCGAAAAUGACGACGAUUACGUAUAUUUGACGUUAAAAAUUGCUAAAACGUAGAAUGUUUUCUAAAACGAGUGCUUCAGUAGGAAUCAUUACGUUGACAAAUUAUGGCACUUCUUCGAGUAGAUAAGUCGAAAAUUUGUUGUGCGAUUCGAGGAUACGGAACUCAAAGGUAUCAACAGAAUCACUAUGAUACUCUAAAUGUUUCUUCUGAUGCGUCACAGAAAGAGAUUAGACAAGCCUUUAUUAAAUUGUCAAAGCAACUACAUCCCGAUACUAGUGGAAAACAAAGCAGUCAUGCUGAUUUUGUUAAGUUAAAUGAAGCCUAUUCAGUUUUGGGAAAAGAAGGUUCAAGACGUCAAUAUGAUUUUAAUUUGAAAUGUAAUAGUUAUGCUCCAAGCUACACAUACAAUUCACAGAACAUACGAUACGGAAGUCAAUGGGAAUAUGAGGUACGUACAGCAGGAGGGCCAUGGCCACCACCUCAGCAAAAGUCAAAUGCUAUUUUUGGACUUAUAGUUGCUCUUUUAUUCUUGGGUGUGGGAUUCUUGCAAGUUAUUUUUCAUCUUCACACUAUGAGAAUGAGAAAGAUUAGAAAUGCACAUAAUAGCUUGGAACGUGAAUAUCAACGUGUUCGAUAUGGAGCUCAUACAAAAUCUAAUCAGUUUAUUAUAGACAAUUUUGAAGAUUUCAUAAAAGAUCGUAAUGAGUACCUGAUCAGUGACUGUAAUGAUAGUUAGUAAGUUAGUGACUUCAUUGAAUAAUAUAUUUAAAGGUUUGUUGUA